AUGACGGGCCACACCCCUGAAAGAGAUCGGUCGCCCCACAACUUGUCUGUCAAGACCAGCUUGGAGGAGGAAAUCGAAAGAGCCGAGAGUAUUCUUAGCAGGGUUGCAUCCAUCUGCGACGACACUUCGUCAGAGCUCCAGAGGGUCGCCGCUCUCGACCCUCACGCUACAAACUCUUUUCAAAGGAAUGGCGCCGUCUCAAGACUGGUGAGCCUGGUGUUGCGACUGCGGGAAUGGGCUCACCGGAGCUUAAUCCAGGAGCAGGAGAGACCGGACUCCUUUUUGGAGCGCUUCCGAGGUCCGGAACUGAGAACGGCCCCGAGCCGCUCCAGCAAUGCCCCGACGGACAUCGACGGCGCCAAGGGGAUCCUCGGGAAAAAAUGGGAGGUUUUUGUGGUGUCCCCGUCAGACGACGUCUAUUACCGCUGGUUAUUCGUCAUCGCCGCAGCGGUGCUCUACAACUGGUUCCUUGUAGUGGCCAGGGCGUGUUUUGAUCGAUUGCAGGUGGGCUAUUUCAUCUGCUGGUUGGUGUUGGACUACCUCUGCGACAUCAUCUACGUCAUGGACACUUGUCUACGGCUUCGGACGGGCUUCCUGGAACAAGGCCUCUUAGUGAAGGACCACAGCAAACUCCGGGACAGCUAUGUAAGAACAUUCCAGUUUAAGCUGGACGUGUUGUCCAUCCUGCCCACCGACUUGGCCUACUUCUCCACCGGCAUCCACACGCCCCAACUCCGCUUCAACCGUCUGCUGCACUUCCCGCGGAUGUUCGAGUUCUUCGACCGAACAGAGACGCGCACCAACUACCCCAACAUCUUCCGCAUCUGCAACUUGGUGCUCUACAUCCUGGUCAUCAUUCACUGGAACGCGUGCAUCUACUACGCCAUUUCCAAGUCGUUAGGGUUAGGAUCAGACACCUGGGUGUUUCCCAACACCUCCAAACCAGAGUACUCUUCACUCACUCGGACUUACAUCUACUGCCUGUACUGGUCUACUCUCACCCUCACCACCAUCGGAGAAAUGCCGGCGCCGGUACGAGACGAAGAGUACCUUUUCGUGGUUUUCGAUUUCCUGGUGGGCGUGUUGAUCUUCGCCACCAUUGUGGGAAACGUGGGCUCUAUGAUCGCCAACAUGAACGCCACCCGCGCAGAGUUCCAAGCUCGGAUCGACGCCAUCAAACAUUACAUGCACUUUCGCAAAGUGGGCAAAGAACUGGAGACUCGCGUCAUCAAGUGGUUUGACUACUUGUGGACCAACAAGAAAGCGGUGGACGAACAAGAAGUGUUGAAGAAUCUGCCCAACAAACUGAGAGCUGAGAUCGCCAUCAACGUCCAUUUGGAGACCUUGAAAAAAGUCCAAAUCUUUCAAGACUGUGAGGCGGGACUGCUGGUGGAGCUUGUGCUCAAACUUCGCCCGCAGGUUUUCAGUCCCGGAGACUACAUCUGCAGGAAAGGCGACAUCGGGAAGGAGAUGUACAUCAUCAAAGAGGGCAAGCUGGCCGUGGUCGCCGAUGACGGCGUGACGCAGUACGCCCUCCUGGUGGCCGGCAGCUGCUUCGGAGAAAUCAGCAUUUUGAAUAUCAAGGGAAGCAAAAUGGGCAACCGGCGCACCGCCAACAUUCGCAGUCUGGGCUACUCGGAUCUCUUCUGCCUCUCCAAGGACGAUUUGAUGGAGGCCGUCACAGAGUACCCGGAGGCCAGGAAGGUUCUGGAGAAGAGGGGCCGCGAGAUCCUGAUCAAGGAGGGCAUGCUGGAGGACGACGCCGAGAGCGGCGGACUGCAGAGGGAGGACACCGAAGAGAAGGUGGAGAGACUGGAGUCUUCCUUGGACAGCCUCAGUACUCGCUUUUCCAGGCUUCUCUGCGAGUACACGCACACGCAGCAGAGGCUGAAGCAGCGCAUUACGCUGCUGGAGCGCUCCAUGAACCGAACAGACGGCGGCGCCGACGAGGGGGAGUCGACUGUUAACGGCGAGGUCGGCGGUGCUACCGUGUGA